ACGGCGGCGGGGGCGGCGGCGGCGGCGGCUUCAGGGGAGGCUUUGCUGGUUAGCCGCACCGUGCCGCUCCUCACUCAGCACAGUUCUAGGGUCGCCCUCCAUUGCUGUAGUAACCUGGGUCCGGGGCCUCGGUGGUGCUCCUGAUGCCCCUCACCCACCCCUGAAGAUCCCAGGUGGGCGAGGGAACAGUCAGCGGGAUCACAGUCUUUCAGCCAGCGUCCUCUACUCCGACGAGCGGCUGAAUGUGACAGAGGAGCCAACGUCUAACGACAAGACCAGGGUCCUGAGCAUCCAGUCCACGCUCACGGAGGCCAAGCAGGUCACCUGGAGGGCGGUGUGGAACGGUGGUGGCCUCUACAUCGAGCUCCCGGCUGGGCCUCUGCCUGAGGGCAGCAAGGACAGUUUCGCAGCUCUCCUGGAGUUCGCGGAGGAGCAGCUCCGGGCCGACCACGUUUUCAUCUGCUUCCCCAAAAACCGUGAGGACAGAGCCGCCCUGCUCCGAACCUUCAGCUUCCUUGGCUUUGAGAUUGUGAGACCCGGGCAUCCCCUCGUCCCCAAGAGACCCGAUGCUUGCUUCAUGGUCUACACGCUGGAGAGAGAGGACCCGGGCGAGGAGGACUAGGUGCCAGCCCUGCCCAGUGUCCCUGUGCCCUCUCCCGGGUUUGUCCACAUGUCGUGAUUGUGCAGAAUAAACGCUCACUCCAUUAGCGGGGUGCUUCUUUGAGCUGAAUGCUGUGUUUGUCAUACUCAAGUGUUGGCUUUAAUUCUAAAUAAAGGUUUCUAUUUUACUUUUUUUAUUGCUGUUUAAGGUGGUCAGGUGACCUGUGCUAGAGCAGCCUCCUCUGAAGCCUGGCAGAGAUAGAUAGUGUCACCUCCCUGGCUCAGACCCAAUAAAGUGAUCUUGCUCACCC